AUGAGGGCGGCCGCCAGAGAGUUCUAUCCGCAGCUACGAGGGCCAGACCUGGAAGAACAUCUUGAGCUUCGGGACGUGCCCUACGAGCACGAGGCCCUGGACGUCCUGCGCCGCGACAGGUGGCGGUCCCGCGACCGGCCCGCCCGGGAGAGGCUGCGGGUGAAGACGGUGCUGCUCCCCGAGGCGCCCUCCAUUGCUGGCCUGACGAGGACGCUGCAGCUGCUGCGGAGGCACUUGCCCGAGCUAGUGGCCAUGGACGGCAGCACCCACAGGGACCUGCAGUCCAUGCAGUCUCUCCUCGAGACCGGUCGUCCAGGCGAUGAGGCUUUGGGCCCUGGCUAG